AUGAAGUUCUGGAAAUCCGACAAGGACAAGGCUCCUAAGGAGCGCUUCCCGCUCGAGGCUGCGGAAGCCUUCGAGCCCGAAGAGGAUAUGUACCGUCAGUUGCACCGUACCGGAUCUCCCCCAGGUAAUCUCCUUUGUUACUUCCCAGACCCUGCACCCCAGACAACUCUUAAUCAGUUCCGUUUCCAGCUCCACCGAGAGAACGGGGUUAAGCCCGGUCUUGUCGGUUAUCUCGAGAAGUAUGUCAGCGCUACCCACUUGGUCUGGAGCAUGUGUGCUCUUCUUGCAGAUAGUAAUAUCGAUCCAGAGUGGAAAGAUACAUUUGAGAUGUUCCGCCCACAGUGGAGACAGUUCGCUAAGAGCUGGAAAAUCCAUGGAAAUACUGCACGCACGUUAGAUCUUCCCGCCUCGCCAGUCAGUGUCAUGUGGAUUCGGAAGCCUCACAACCUCGAUACGUAUAAGCUUUAUGCUGUUAAUCCCAAGGAGAAGAAGCGUGAUCAGGAGGCUCUGGAGGAUCUCUGGAGGUGGAUGCUUGAUGCGCCACCCGAGGUGAUUGUUAAAGGGGCUUUUAUCAUUAAGCUUGAGCCUUGGUUCCCUGGUGAGAUGUAG